ACGUUUGAUGCAAAUGACCUGUAUCAGGGACAGAAUUUCAGCAAAGUUCUCAGCUCUCUUGUGGCUUUAAAUAAGGUGACUGCAGACAUAGGGCUGGGCAGUGACUCUGUAUGUGCACGUCCCUCGUCUCAUCGGAUAAAAUCUUUUGAUUCUCUGGGAUCCCAGUCUUCACACAGUAGAACUUCAAAACUCUUUCAGGGACAGUAUCGGAGUUUGGACAUGACAGAUAACAGCAACCAUCAGUUGGUGGUGAGAGCAAAAUUUAAUUUUCAACAGACAAAUGAAGAUGAACUUUCUUUUUCAAAAGGAGAUAUUAUUCAUGUUACAAGAGUGGAAGAAGGAGGCUGGUGGGAAGGAACUCUAAAUGGCAAAACAGGAUGGUUUCCAAGUAACUAUGUGCGGGAAGUAAAAUCAAAUGAAAAACCAGUCUCCCCCAAAUCAGGGACAUUGAAGAGCCCACCUAAAGGCUUCGAUACGUCUGCAAUUAACAAAAGCUAUUACAAUGUGGUGCUACAAAAUAUAUUAGAAACAGAAAAUGAAUAUGCUAAGGAGCUACAAACAAUGCUUUCGAACUACCUGCGACCGUUACAAGCCAGUGAAAAGUUAAACUCAGCAAACACUUCAUACUUAAUGGGAAACCUGGAAGAAAUAAGUUCUUUCCAGCAAAUGCUUGUACAGUCUUUAGAAGAAUGCACCAA